CACCGCCUGGCAUUGGCCUGAUAAGCGCCCGCCAGCUGAGCAUCGUCUCUUGCACUUGACUCUCAUGAGAAUGGCAAAUCUGAAGUCUCUCCUACGCGUCGCGGUCGUCCAGUUCAAUCCCAAGAUCGGCCAGGUGCAGGCGAACAUCGCGCGAGUACGGGAGCUAUGUGGAAAGCUCGAGCCACAAUCCGUUGACCUCGUAUGCCUCCCGGAGAUGGCUUUCACAGGCUACGUCUUCGACGGACCCACCUCCAUCAAGCCCUACCUCGAGCGCCCCCACACCGGGCCCACCUCCCGCUUCUGCGCCGAACUCGCCUUGCGCCUCCGCUGCUACGUCGUCGCCGGCUUUCCCGAGUUGCUCCUGCCCGAAGAACUUGCGAAACUCGGUAAGGACGCAGGAGACAAGGUCGGCGCGAAUGCUGCGGUGAUAUACGACCCCGAGGGCGAGCGCGUGGGCGACUACAGGAAGACGAACUUGUUCGAGACGGACCAGUCGUGGUCGAUUCCGGGCACCGGCUUCGCCACCUUCACCCUCCCCCUGCCCCUUUGCCGCUCCAGCCUCCCCCCACCCCUCGGCCGCCUCAACGUCCCCCCUCCCUUCCGCCUAACCCUCGGCAUCUGCAUGGACCUCAACGCGCAGCCGCCCGCGCUCUGGUCCGUCGCCGAGGGGCCGUACGAGAUCGCGGAGCACGCGCGGAGGGAGGGCUCGGGGCUGUUGGUGCUGUUGAAUAAUUGGCUGGAUUCGGGCGAAGAACUCGAGGAAGACAAGGACUGGCGCACGAUGAACUUCUGGGCGGCGCGAUUGCGGCCGCUGUGGCAAAAGGAGGAUGGGUCGGAUUCGGUGGGGGAGGAGAGCGAGGGAGAGGGCAAGAGGACCAUCGUGGUCAUCUGCAAUCGGACGGGGGAGGAGAAUGGCAAGACCUUCGCCGGCUCCUCCUGCCUCUUCGAUAUGCGCCGCAGCUCUGGCAAGCCGCGACUCGUAGAUGCGCUGAACAGGACAGAGGAGGGUGUAAGGGUGUGGAAUAUCCCGAUAGACGACUAGAUGUGCUUGGACAAUCGCAUGAAGACCUGCAAAGUCCUGACUCUUUCUAUGUAAGUCCCAACUGGUCUCGC